AUGGAGCGCCCACAAUAUUUAUAUUUUUUUUGUUGUUGUGACAAUGAAAGUGAUUUUUCGCUUACCCUGGCCCUGGCCCUAUCGUUGCUAUCGAUAGGGGUCCUGGCCCAAAGCGAAGUUGAGCCAGAGGACGUGGAGUUGGGUUGCAUCUGGUAUGGACAGAGUCAUCAGAUCGGUGCCCAUUGGCAAAAUCUGGCGGAUACAAGACCAGCGCGUCCUCUUAAUAGUCCUUCGGCAGAGGCAAUCUUUGCCCGUCGCUGUCCUUUGCUGUACAAGGAGUAUAAGGGAGAAUCCGGUGAGGAGGAGCUAAUCCUUUGCUGUGAUGCAGACCAAAUUGAGACCAUGGAUAGUGGUCUAUCCCAGGCGGAUGGUGUCUUCUCACGCUGUCCCACAUGUACAAGGAAUAUGGCUCAAACGGUUUGUGCCAUGACCUGUGCCAAGAAUCACACACUCUUUCUUACCGGCCACAAUGCCACCUAUACUCCCACGGGAAGGGAAUAUAUCGAAUAUAUUGAUUAUAGGAUCACAGAUGCCACCGUAGCCAAGGUCUAUGAAAGUUGUAAUGGAAUUCAGCAUACGCAAACGGGAAGACCUGCAAUGGAUUUGGGUUGUGGUGCCUUCAAUGCAAAAACUUGCAACUACCGGCGUUGGUAUGAGUUCAUGGGUGAUGUCACCGGUGACUAUGUACCCUUCCAAAUCAAUUACAUAUGGUCGGAUGAUGCCGAGGAAGGGAGUGAGGAGAUUUAUUUGGAUCUGAAUAUCCUGAAGUGUGGAGAGAGCUAUGAGGGCAGUUAUGCCUGUGCCUGCAUCGAUUGUGAAGCAUCCUGUCCACUCACGGAUCCCCCUACGGGUCCCGAGGAGCUCUGGAAGAUUGCUGGUCUCUAUGGAGUGACCUUUAUCCUGGGCCUGUUGAUCGUUGUCCUUUUCUCGGGUCUCAUUUGCUGGGGAGCGGUGAGCAGAAGCCGAGUUUGCAUGCCCAGAGUUUGUAUGCCAACUCUGUUUGGGGAGUUCUUCUACCAUGGCUUCCGUGUUUGGGGCACAUUCUGUGCUAAACAUCCAGUUUUGGUUCUGGCCCUGUGUUCCUGGGCCAUCGGUGGACUGUCGUAUGGCAUUCGAUAUAUGACUAUUACCACGGAUCCCGUAGAGCUUUGGGCCGGCAGCGAGAGUCAGACAAGGAUCGAGAAGGAUUACUUUGAUCAGCAUUUUGGACCCUUCUAUCGCACCAAUCAGAUGUUCAUCAAGGCCAUCAAUCAGACACAUUUUACCCAUGAGGCUCCCAGUGGUUUGCUAAACUUUGGUCCUGCUUUUGAGUACAACUUCCUGAAGGAAGUCUUUGAGCUGCAGGAUGCCAUCAUGAAACUGGGUUUGGCUGAAGGUGAAGGUCUGGACAAGAUCUGUUAUGCUCCUGUUCUGAAGCCUGGUGAAACUCCCACCGUUGAUCACUGUGUUAUCCAAUCGAUUUAUGGAUACUUCCAACAUGAUAUGGAUAAAUUUGAGAGCUCUUAUGUGGAUAGCAACAACUUUACGAUUAAUUAUCUCAAUCAGCUGGAGGAUUGUCUGAGAGUUCCCAUGAUGGAGGAUUGCUUUGGCACCUACGGUGGACCCAUUGAGCCUGGCAUUGCUGUGGGUGGAAUGCCCAAGGUGCCGGUGGGUGAGGAUCCUGACUAUAUGCUGGCCACCGGAUUGGUGAUCACUUUCCUGGGUCGUAACCAAGUGGACGAGACCAAGUUGGAACCGAACGAGAAGUGGGAAAAGCUCUUUGUGGACUUCCUACGGGAUUACAAGAGUGAUCGAUUGGAUAUUGCCUACAUGGCAGAGAGAUCUAUUCAGGAUGCCAUUGUGGAACUAUCCGAGGGUGAAGUGGGCACCGUUGUCAUCAGCUAUGUGGUGAUGUUUGUGUACGUGGCCAUUGCAUUGGGACACAUUCGCAGCUGCACGGGAUUCCUGCGCGAAUCAAGGAUCAUGUUGGCAAUCGGUGGCAUUGUCAUUGUCCUGGCCUCGGUGACCUGCAGUCUGGGCUUCUGGGGUUACCUGGAUGUGACCACAACAAUGCUGGCCAUUGAGGUGAUUCCGUUCCUGGUGCUGGCCGUGGGUGUGGAUAAUAUAUUCAUUAUGGUGCACACAUAUCAGCGAUUGGAUCACUCAAAGUUUGCGAGCACUCAUGAGGCAAUUGGUGAGGCCAUUGGCCAGGUAGGACCCUCGAUCCUUCAGACGGCGGGCAGUGAGAUGGCCUGUUUUGCCAUUGGUUGCAUUUCCGAUAUGCCGGCAGUGAAGACUUUUGCAAUGUAUGCAGCAAUUGCUAUCCUGUUGGAUUUCCUCCUGCAAAUCACUGCCUUUGUGGCCCUGAUGGCCAUCGAUGAGCGUCGCUAUCAGGAUAAUAGACUGGACAUGUUGUGCUGUAUAAGGAGUGGCAAGAAAAGUACUUCAGUGGAGGAGGAUACAUUGGAUUCUGAAGCUAGAGCUGGAGUAGAUCACACCAAGGAAGCGGGCAUGCUGGAGUCCAUGUUCAAGAACUUUUACUCACCUUUCCUGCUAUCCAAACCCGUCAAAGUCUGCGUCUUGUUAAUCUUCACUGUGGUCACCUGCCUAUCCCUGAUGGUGGUUCCCUCGAUUGAAAAGGGUCUCGAUCAGGAGAUGUCCAUGCCAAAGAAUUCGCAUGUGGUGAAAUAUUUCCGCUAUAUGGUUGAUCUCCUGGCAAUGGGUGCUCCUGUCUAUUGGGUCCUUAAACCCGGCUUGAAUUACUCUUUGCCCUUGGAACAGAAUCUCAUCUGUGGCGGUGUGGAGUGUAAUAAUAAUUCAUUGUCCGUGCAAUUGUAUACACAAUCCCGGUAUCCAGAGAUCACAGCUUUGGCCAGACCAGCUUCAUCCUGGUUGGAUGAUUAUAUUGAUUGGCUGGCCAUUACCGAUUGUUGCAAGUACAAUGUAACCACCAAUGGCUUUUGCGCCAGCAACUCCAAGAGCGAUGAUUGCCUGCCCUGUGAAAGGGGUUUCACUGAAAAUGGCCUGAGACCCGAUGUCGAGACCUUUAACAAAUAUAUUCCCUUCUUUCUGUUUGAUUUGCCAGAUGCUGAGUGUGCCAAGGCAGGCAGAGCCUCUUAUGCUGAUGCCGUGAUCUACACCAUAGAUGAUGAGGGCAUGUCCACUGUCCAGGACACUUACUUUAUGCAAUAUUCGACCACUUCCACAACCUCUGAAGAAUUCUAUUCUCAGUUGCGUGAAGUGCGUAGAAUUGCUGGGGAAAUUAAUUCCAUGUUUGCUGAGAAUGGUGUCGAUGCUGAAAUCUUUGCCUAUUGCGUUUUCUACAUUUACUAUGAACAGUAUUUGACCAUUUGGGAGGAUGCACUCUUCUCGCUGGGCAUGUCCUUGCUGGCCAUUUUCCUGGUGACCCUGGUCAUCACUGGUUUGGAUAUCACAUCCACUUUGAUUGUCCUUUUCAUGGUGAUUUGCAUUCUGAUCAAUAUGGGUGGCAUGAUGUGGGCCUGGAGUAUUAAUUUGAAUGCCAUUUCGUUGGUGAAUCUGGUGGUGUGUGUGGGCAUUGGUGUGGAAUUUGUGGCUCACAUUGUGAGAUCUUUUAAGAGGGCCGAGGGAACGGCACAGGAGCGGGCACGUCACUCGUUGAAUGUCACCGGAAGUAGUGUCCUGUCGGGCAUAACACUUACCAAAUUUGCGGGUAUUGUAGUCCUGGGUUUCUCCAACUCACAAAUCUUCCAGGUCUUUUAUUUCCGAAUGUAUUUGGGCAUUGUCCUGAUUGGAGCAGCCCAUGGUUUGAUCCUUUUGCCGGUUUUACUCAGUCUUCUGGGACCGUUGAAUAAUUUGGCCAGGACAUCGAGUGCUGAGCCCAUUCAAGCUGUCAAUUAAACGGGCGGGUAUUAUAUUACUCUUGAUAUAUAAUAUAUAUGUUUGUAAAAAAUAGUUUAAGAAUAUUAAGGAUUUGCUUGAUUAAGUGUGCCUGGGUUGGGAGUGCGUGUGCUUGGAUUUAAUUUCUUUUACGACUGCAAACUAUGAGCUUAAAAUAUGUCAAUUAGACGAACAAAAACGAAAAAAGGGAUAAUAA